GUAUAGAAUAGGCGCACUGCGCACACGCAUCGUACAGAGUUGGUAGCAAGUAUUUUAUAGAACGGAUUAGCAAGCAGCGUUGCGUGAAAAUCAGGCUUCACAUUGGCAAAGAGCUAGCCGAAUUUAUGCAACCCGAAAUAAGAAAGAACUCGUUUUGAAGCGGCGCGUAGGCGAGGGUCACCACGCAGUGUGUCUGAUAGUUUGGUGCGCCGGCGUCGUGUCUUGUGGCUUUACCAUGUGCGAACGAUAUGUUUUGGUCGUCGGUUUGUUGGCGGUAGCGGCGUCUUUCGUAAGCGAUUGCAACGCGAAACUUGCACCCGACUUCAUAGUGCCAUGCAACAACACCGAACCAGAGUGUCUCAUCAAAGCAACGAGGGACGCCAUUCCGGGCUUCUCCAAGGGCUUGCCUGAUCUGGGAGUGCCCUCCCUGGACCCUUUCAUCAUAGACGAGCUGCCAAUCCAACUUCCAGGCAUCAAGGUCACCUUCUACGAUGGCAAGGUCACUGGCCUUAAGAAAUGCGAGGUGCUCAAUGUCGAGGCCUAUCUAGAGAAAAACGUGUUCCUAUUGGAAGUCCGCUGCAACAUCACAAUCAAAGGAAAGUACACGGCUGUCGGUAGACUUCUGCUGUUCCCCAUCAACGGAGAGGGUGACUGCAAGAUCAAAAUUGUGAACUCUGUGAUCAAACUGAACAUCAAGACGAAGUACUUCAAAGACGCCAACAACCGCGAUCACUUCGGCAUCAAGAGCUACAGGUACAACUUUGACUACGGCGAGAAGAUUGUCUACACCAUCACUAAUCUUUUCAAGGGAAACCCUGAGUUAAGUAACACAGUACUGCAGUUCUUGAAUGAAAACUGGAGAGUGGUGACUGAGGAAUUCGGAAAACCAGUAGUGGACUACGCCAUCAACGUAACUGUCAGCACUGCGAAGAAAUUCUUCGACACGGUGCCUUACGACGAAUUGCUCUAUGUGCCAAUACCCAAGUACUAAUGUCAGUUACUUAUAUAAUAGUAUUCGUAAAAACCAACCGCAUUUUAAGCCCAAUUCAAUUACUAAUAUAUUAAAAUAUAUAAUUGAAAAAGAUAAGUUUCUAUUUUAUAAUCUUACUUGUUAAAAGGAAAAUGUAUUUGUAGAAAUAGAUAGGCCUAAUACGCGGUUGUUUUUUUAUGAAUAGAGCUAGUAUACAGCUUGGUAAAAAUUAUGGAGAAAAAAUUACACGUUUUAUUGUAACAAAAUUAGAUACUAAAACGAAAUUAGAUACUAAAACAAAAUUAAAUAGUAAAUCAAUACAACAAAAAAAACCAAAGACAUUAAAUAAUUCAAAGUAAAUAUAAUUUGCAAAAUUAAAAUUUUAACUUGAAAAUUAAAUAAAUUGUCUUUGCCAAGCUGUAUUUUCAAUGUACCUAAAGUCGGUUUUGUCAAAAUGAUGCUAUAUAUAUUUUUAUAUUUGUUUUCAAAGUAUCAGACAUAAAAAAAUAUUUUACAACGAAGUUUAAUGGGAAUAAAUUUCUAUAUAAAUACUUUAAAAACAUUAAAGUUUUGAAUGUGUGAAGACAUAUUUUACAGUCAACAGCACAUCAAACUCUCAUCUACAUAUAAAUUCUAUAUUGAAAACUUUAUGGAACAGUAAGCCCAAUUUAUUACUAUAAAAAUCUAUUUUUGGCCAAAAGAGGAUUUUAGACUGUAAGCUGUAAAUAUGUGUAAUGUAAAGGACAAUGGACUUUGUGAUAGAUAUCAUUGAAAAGCAGAUUAAUUGUGAUGAAUAUUUUUAACUACUUUUGUUUUGUUCUCGAUUUAAGUACUUCUAAUUAGGAAUUAUAUAAUAACAAUAAUAAUAGUAUGUUUAACAUUUCCAGAACUAGAAUCCUUUUAUUUAUAUGUAUCAAAUUAUAAAAUAUGUGUAGCAUAUCAAUUAAAAUUAAAUCUGUUAAAUUGAGUUUUUAAAAAGAUAUUUUUCUAAUUUCUAUUUCUCUGUUUGUAAAAUGUUUUUAUUCGGAUUUAAGGAGUCUUUAUGUUGUAUUUUGUGAUAAUUUUAUAAAAGUAUUUGAAACUAUUAAUACGAAGUACACAGCUGUAUACUUAUAGGAAAAUAAGUAAUUCAUUAGAACGCAUAUUUAAUGAAAACGAAAGUUAGAAAUAUGUUUUAGACAUUAAGAAUUUUAUAAAUAAACAAUAAUAAAAUAUGGAA